AUGGACAACCUCGCCAAUGUCAAAGGUGUCGGAGAAUACUACUCGUGGCGUUAUCCUUCACCAUCGUUGGCCCCGUCUCCUACUUCUUCUAGAAAAAGCUCAGGAAUAGAUUCACUAAGAGUGUCCUCUGCGCCAGUAUCACCUCUUUUGAGACCGGUGCCAAUACACAUGUCAUCUCAACCACCAGAGCCCAUGUCCGAAUGUGAAGAAGGCAUCGAUUCAUUGCCAGAUUUCUCAAACCUGCCAUCAAACCACUGGCAAUCGCCUCCCAAGGUACCACGACCACAAAACCACGAACCCGCUCAAAGCUCAAGAAGUCAACGACGCAGCAAGUAUAGAGUUCGCGAGGCUCAGGGCCCCUCUGGAAGUAAUUUAGAGGCUCCUAUCGACUUGGCAGCCAUGCGCCGCCAGUCCGCUCCUUCUACCAGCACUCUAAAUCCACAUGCGCCACCCUUCAUGCCCAGAGAUCUUGCUCGCCCACGAGCCUAUUCUGUUCCAGUGGACUCCGAAUCACUUAGAACUGGCCUCAAUUCUUCGUAUACCUCGGAGCAUCGCCCAACCGAGCCAGUGAUGACUUUAAAUCCUUUCCAUCCCUAUCUCGGAGCAGUAAAUAAUAUAUCCACACAAAGACUAGCAUCGAUACGGAACGACAUUUCGCAACUGCGUCAAUGGUCCAACCAGUUCGGUCCCCCUCCUUUGCCUCGGUUGGAACCGGGGCCACCAGCUGUCUUCCUUGCUCCACAUUCUCAUAGUUACACACACCUCGGACAGACACCAUUGUCCGAACGGCCCACUUAUCCAUCGGAGGGCUACCCCAUUCACCCUCCCGUUGCUUACCCUUUGUUCGACCCUGGGUAUCUUCCUGUAGCUCCCAUCGCUUACCGGGAGCAACAGAUGGUAAAUAUAGGCCCGAGACACCUCUGGCAUACAGGCUAUGUUCCAGCCCCUUCUACUAUCAUUCAUCCCACUCUCCUGCCGUCGCUGGGAACGAACAUGGUAAACAGUCCGUUCAUAGAGUUGACACCAGUCGAACUACCAGAAUCCCGGUUCAAAAGCGAGUUGGAUAAUUACUCAGCCGCUGGUACGCCCGCCUCGUCUCACGCGCCAUCGCUCGAGGCAUGCUCCCAAGCAGAGGCUACUUCAUCGUUCAGACGACGGUCGUCCCCCGCUCUGUUCGAACGUGGAAAGUCCUCAUUGACACCCAUUACUGAGCGCUCCGAAACCACGAGCACAAGCAGUCAACGAAUGGAUCUCAGUGACGAUCAAGGGCUGGAAGCUCACAAGACUCCUAAGAAGAAGAACAGGAGGAACAAAAAGCCGUCGUCGAAUAUUAAUGCUCGCAGGAGGAUGCUCGUCCCCAAAGGAACCAAUUGA